AUGAGUGACAGUCUCGCCCUGGUGCGAGACUCUUAUCUAUCUUUCACAGCCAAGUUGAAGCUUCCUGUGGAGCUUAUGUUGAGGCCAAGCGACCCCACCGAGGGCUGUUUCAAUUACCCGCUGGUGGAGAAGUUUCUGAUGACCAAGCGCUGCUCACGGUCGAUGCUAUUUUACUACCUGCUGUGUCGCGGCCUGACUCUCAUCACCCUCCUUUGUGCCUGCAUCUACCUGGGCUACUACCUCCGCUUGGCCUCCGUCACAGAUGAGUUUGGCUGCACACUGCGUGUUGGCCUGCUUGCCUCUGACCCAGGCGUCCCCGACAAAGUGCAGUGUAAGCUCAUCGCUGUGGGAGUCUUCUCUUUGCUGAGCAUGGUCAACUUGGUCCUGUUCAUAGCGCUGAUUCCUGUGGUGAUCUAUGCCAGUCUCCGUCCCCUCUUCUGCCAUGGAUAUGCCCGCUUCCUGGAAACCUACCAGUCACUGCCCACUGUGAGCGUGCUGCCCACCCCUGGUGGCCAAUUGGACGAUCUCUCUCUCUAUAUCCUGUUUCUGGAGGAGAACCUCAGCGAAUUGAAGUCCUACAAAUACAUCAAGGUGUUGGAGUUGUUGAGGAGACGUGGCGAUUGCUCUGGAGAAAACUUUGAUGCCAUGGGUCUGCUGCAGACCCUCUGCCUGGUGAAGAUGGACAGUGUGGAUGCGAAUAAAUCUUCCGGUGCUGCAGGGAAACGGGAUCAAGUCAAGACGAAAGCAGCCGACUCUGCCGCCAGCUCCACAGCAGCCAAUGCUGGAGCAGCAAAGAACAGCUGCAACCAUCCGAAAUCAGCCGCAGAUAACGACAGCAAAAUUGAAACUGAGAUGAAAGGAAAUUUGAAGGGAAGGAUGAGAAAAGACAGGAAACAGAGAGUCAAAGGGGGAGGAUAA